UUAGUGAUAGAGUCUGUAGAUGCAGAGGCUGCAGGUCCUAGGGUUAAGCUGGUGAGGUCUGAAGGAGAGGAGGACCCACGGCACAGCAGAGACAUCCAGAUUGAAGUGGCUGGAGCGCCCCCUGUAGCCACGGAGGACCCAACCACUGCCCCAGCGCCGCCCAGGACCCGAGGCAACAUCACGGAGGUCAGUGGAACGCCGAACGCCGUCCUCAAGUCAGAGACCGACACCAAGACUUUAACUGUAACACACAGGCUCUUACACACAGGAUCUGACCACAGAUCAGACCCAGAGAGACUGGGGCUGGGGAGACUGGGCUGUCUUCCUGCUCCCGGCUCAGAGUAUUUACCGGUAUUUCACCAGAGCCAGAGGACUGUUCAUUCCCCUGGGGAUGGUGAUGGUGAUGCGUUAGACACUGGCGGUGAUGAUCCGUCUUGUUCUUACGCUACAGAGAUGGACCCUGGCAACAUGCCCUUGGGUUUAGAGACACAGACUGAUCUGUCUAGAGGGGACUGGAACCAGUACAGUAGUAGUGUAUACUCUGAAGGGUGCCUAGAUAAGAAAGGGGAGGUUAUAGUGAUAGAUGAGGUGAGUGUGAAAGUGGAGGGUGACGCUCCUCCCACAUGGAAUGCAGAUAGUCACCUAGGAGACGGACACUCACAGGGCACAGAUUUCUUAGAUUACAGGGAAAGCUUAGAGACAAAUCCAAAUGUCACGACCCACUCCCCUUUACACGCGUUCAGGGAUCGCGGCCUAGUGUCAAUGUCGAUGGUGCCUUCCGAUUCACAUGGCCGUGUCCUUUUCGAUCAGGUAUUGAACUCAAACGACAGGGCUAGAGCCCAGGCUCGAGGAGGAGGAGGAGCCACAUCAGGCAAUAGUAAAGAGAAGCGGUUCCUCUGCAUGUUCUGUAAGAAAGGCUUCAGCUGCUCCCAGAAUGUGGAGAUCCACCAGAGGGUCCACACAGGGGAGAAACCCUUCAGUUGUACCCAGUGUCAUAUGCGCUUUGCCCAGGCUGGCCACCUGAAGAGGCACCAGAGGGUCCACACAGGGGAGAAACCCUAUAGCUGCCCCCAGUGUGAGAAAAGGUUCUCCCGCCAGGACCAGCUGAAGAUGCACUUGAAGGUCCACACAGGAGAAAGGCUGUUUGCGUACAAAUGCACUGCGGGAAGAGGUUCUCAAAGAGGCUCUACCUCAGGAUGCACCAGCAGAAAAACCAUUCCACUCUAUAACAUAGAAAGUAACCAUUCCACUCAAUAGCUUCUGACGUUUAGAUCAAACGGCGCAUUAACGACAGAGGAAUAUUCAGCAGAAAAGAUCCACAGAUGCAUUUGGAAUAACGAGAGUAACAGAUUUCAGUGUUGAACAUUCCUGGGUAGAAUAUUGCAUCCAGACAUUGUGAUAUACAGUGGGGUCAGAAAUGAUUGACACACUUGAUAAAGAUCAGCAAUAAUGACUGUAUAAAAUAUAAAUUCAAAUACUGUGCUAUAUUAUAUGUAAUAAAAAAAU